UGUCACUUUUCUGGUAUAUGCAAGUGACAUUAGUAAUGUCCUUACCUUUCGUCAGUCCUUCUUUAAACCCAAUGUCAAGAGACCACAGCUCUACUUCUCUUCGUAAUUAAAAUUUCCCCACCUGGGACUUUCUUUUCUCUCUUCUACUCAUGUCGCGUCAAACAUUACAAUAUGCAUUAACUCCCGUGAAAUGCUCAUCUGGCACUCCCAUGACAGAAGGAAACUGGAUUCAGCUUGAACGCUUGGUCUAUAAGGAUAACAAGCACGUCGAAAGAUCCUGGGAACGUUGUGUGCGAAAGAAGCCAAGUCCUUCUGCUGUAGACGCUGUAGAUAUUCAUGCCAUUUUGUUAACUCCAAAACCUGAAAUUCUACUUGUUGUUCAAUAUAGACCUGCAAUUGAACGUUACUGUAUUGAAUUCCCGUCAGGCUUAGUAGACAAGGAUGAUCCGAUAGAUGCAGCUCAACGAGAGUUAAAAGAGGAAACAGGCUAUACUGUACCACGAGACAAGAUCCUAUUGACGAAAACCCCACUGGCCUAUGAACCGGGUCUAACCAACUCUUGUUGCUAUGUGGCCAAAGUCACAAUUGAUACAAGUGAGUUGACAGCACCUCCCGUGCAGGAACUGGAGCCAGAUGAAUGGAGCCUGCAGACAAUCAGCUUACCACUAGAAGGACUGAUGAAUCAUUUGCUAGCAUUGAAAGAAUCUCAAAAGAAUUUGUUGGUGAUUGAUAGCCGAGUACAUGCACUCGCAUCAGGUAUAGCGUAUGCAAACAGUUACAUCUAAGUUAUUUGUUUGUUUUUCAACGUGCUAGCUGGCCAUCUCAACUUUUAUUUUAUAUACACAUUAAAAAAAAAUCCUUUUAUUUGUCUGUGCUUUUCUUUUCUGUUGCACCACUGUCAUCUUUCACCACCAAUACAGAACAUUUUAAAUGAUGAAUAAGAUAAUCAGACACGGAUCCGAUGAGUUGUCUAGUUUAUCAUUCAUAUUUUAGCUCUAGCCUCAUAUACACAUACACUAUACUUUACCUUUUAAAGAAACCUAAGCCUCGACUGCCUACAAUCACCAAAUCCACAUUAUGCGCUUGAGCAUAAUCUUUUAAGGUCUCGCCGGGUUCUCCACUGAGUAUCUUAGGGGUCACUGUAAUCUAGAAUGAUCGUAGAUUAGCACAGACGCACGCACGCGAACAUCA